CGGUAACUUGAAUCGAGCUCAUUUCGGCAGCUGCAUGUUUUUUUCAUUUUGAAAAUUUUUGAAAUAUUUUCAAUUUUUUUUUUUGUUUUUUUUUCGAUUGUUUUUAUCAAUUGUCACAAGUCACUUUUUCAUCUAAACAAAACAAAACAAAAAAGAAAAACAUGAACGCACCACCAUCAUUCGAAUCGUUUCUUUUGUUUAAAGGCGAAAAAAAGGUUACGAUUGAAAAAGAUACCAAAGUACCGAAUGCAUGUCUUUUUACCGUUUCGAAAGAAGAUCAUACACUUGGUAAUCUAAUUCGAAUGCAACUAUUAAAAGAUCCAAAAGUAAUAUUUGCUGGUUAUAAAGUACCACAUCCAUUACAACAUGAAUUUAUAUUACGUAUACAAACAACACCGGAUUAUUCACCACAAGAAGCAUUAAUGAAUGCAAUUAAAGAUUUAAUUAGUGAAAUGUCAUUGUUGGAAGAACGUUUUCGUGAAGCAAUUCGUGAACGUACUGAAGGUUAUGAUUAAAAAUCAUGGAUAAAUCACCAUCUCAAAUGUAUCAUAAGUAAUCAUUUCGAAUUUUUGAAUCAUUUAGUGUUACCACGAUUCACGUUUUCCCAACCAAUUCCAUCAU